AAACUGACGGAUUAAGAGAUCCAGGCGGAUUGUACUAUGGAUUCAAGGAUUUUAAGGUUCACUGUGUUUUUCCUCGUCUUUUCAUUCGCAGAGGGCUGGUGGUUUCAAUCACCACAAGUUUGUUACGGAGAUCUGGGAUGCUUCUCUUUGAGUUACCCGUUCAUCAACACGUUUGGAAAGUUGCCAAAGUCACCUUCUGAGAUAGAUACUAAGUGCUUCCUUUUCACUCGAAGUUCCUCAAUGAACUUUGAGGAACUAGUGCCUUCAAGCCUCAACGAGCUCAAGCCAAUUAAAAUGAUAAUUCACGGAUUCGCCGAGUCUGCAGAAAAGCAAUGGGUCGAGGACAUGGUCACUGAAUUACUGGAAUAUGAUGACUAUUACGUCAUCGUCGUUGAUUGGCGUAAAGGCGCAGCGAUGGAGUAUCUGCAAGCGGUUGCUAAUACAAGAGUUGUAGGAGCAGUAUUAGCUCAACUUCUUCAAGUUUUGAGGGAUGAAAACGGCUUCGACCCUGCUGACAUGCACAUCAUUGGAUACAGCCUAGGUGCACAUAUAGCGGGAUACAUCGGCGAGAACUUUGCAAAUAUUGGCAGAAUAUCAGGGCUAGACCCAGCUGGCCCAGCAUUUGAGAACACUGAACCGGUAGUUCGUUUGGACCAAACUGAUGCAAUGUUUGUAGAUGUCAUCCAUACAGACACCAAACAUAUAUUUAAUCCUGGUUUAGGCAUAAAACGGCGGUCCGGCACGGUGGAUUUCUAUCCAAAUGGAGGAAAAGAUCAACCCGGAUGUUCCACAGUCCUUUAUGCACUUAUGGACUGGCUUAGCGACGCAGAUUCUCAGGAUCUGGUUAGUGACCUGUCUUGCAGUCAUCGGCGUUCAGUGGAGCUUUUCAUCGAAUCAAUCAACACCGCGUGUCUAUUUAAAGCAUACCCGUGCCCCGACUUAUCCUUGUCAAGUUCGUGCAAUUCUUGUGGCACCGGAUGUCACCGGAUGGGAUUUCAUGCAAGCACUUCAAUGAAUCCGGGACAAUUCUACGUACAAACAAAUCAAGCCGGACCUUAUUGUAUGGAAUAUCAUUAAGAUGUACCAAAACGUUUUUGUAGCGUCAAGAUAGUUACUUAUUCCCUAUUCGUUUUUUUCAUUCGUGGUGAAAUUAUCUUAGUAAUGUCCAAAACUAAGGCUUCACGUAACCUUUUAAAACGCAUUUUUCUAUCAAUAGAACCCUGCUACAGUACAAUCUAACUAAAAAUCCGAGAAUGAAUAAACGAAUGUUGAAUAGGUUACUGUUUACUUAACCCUCGAUAUUCGCCAGAAAAUAUUCGGUCGAAUACAUAUUUAUAAACAUACUUAUCUGCCAAAAGGAAACAUGUGUAACCAGCUGGUACAGUACAGUCUGGCUAAAGUAUUCCUUGAUUGUGCAAAAACUGAAUGUGGAAUAAGUAACUAAUUCGCUAGAAACUGCCUGAUGGACUGUCGACAUAGGAAACUUAAAAACCAUCUUGCAAUUUAAGAAACAAUUCCUUGGUAAUUACAGUUGCAGACCACUAAAUCAAGCGAAAAGAUAAGAUGUCAAUUUAAAAAAGACCUAAGCUCGACUGAGUUGCAAUUCACGUUUUGAUGUCAUGUUGGUUUACUAAAUUAUGCUAA